AUGCUCUUUUUCCGGUCUCUCAGUGCUGGCUUGCUCUUUGCCAGCAGUUCUCUACUUUCUGCUGUCACCGCGAAACCCGCAUCAUGGCCCUACAAUGCAGAGGUCAAACAUGCACCCCAUAAGAUUACACCGAAAGUGUUCAUUGUGUCUAUGUUUGAACCCGAAGCAUCUGCCUGGUGGGGAAUUCCCGAGUUCGACCUCUUGGCUCACAAUAUCACUAUUCCUGGUGCCUCGCCUCUCUUCCCAGAUGUGCAUUGCACUGCCGACUACAGCGUUUGCCAGCUCAUAACCGGCGAAGGAGAAAUCAACGCCGCCGUGACAGUAUCAUCCAUUGCUUUCUCCCCUCUUUUCGAUCUGACCCAUACCUACUUCCUCGUUGCCGGUAUUGCCGGCAUCAACCCCAAGGUUGGCACGAUCUGCGGAGUGACCUUUGCACGGUUCGCCAUCCAAGUCGCUCUCCAGUACGAGAUUGAUCUCCGAGAACUCCCCCAUAACUACUCAACCGGCUAUAUUCCACAAGGUGCGCACGCGCCAGACCAGUAUCCGACCAGUAUUUACGGCACCGAAGUAUUCGAGGUGAACUCCGAGCUACGAUCCAUAGCUGCUUCGUUCGCUAGGGAGGCCGCCCUCGCGGACUCCGACAUGGCAAAGAAAUACCGCAGCAACUAUGUCACAGCUAAUGGCGUCUACGAGGCGGCCACGCAGACCCCGUCGGUAGUGGAAUGUGACGUCGCUACCUCCGACGUUUACUACAGCGGAACGCUUCUCAGUGAAGGAUUCGAUAACACCACCCAGCUCCUCACCAACGGAACAGGCAAAUACUGUGCCACGGCACAAGAAGAUAACGCCACACUCCAGGCGCUGCUACGUUCAUCCUACCAUAAUCGCACGGAUUUCUCUCGUAUCAUCGUCAUGCGCACGGCUUCGGACUUCGAGCGUCCGUAUCCCGGCCAGUUGGCGAUUGAUAAUCUGAUGUAUGCCGAUCAGGGUGCGUUCGAGCCCGCGGUGCAGAAUUUGUAUAUUGCCGGUAUUAAAGUCAUCAGUGGCAUUCUGAAUGCAUGGGAUACAACCUUUGCCGCUGGUAUCAGGCCGAGCAAUUAUAUUGGAGAUAUAUUUGGCACACUGGGUGGUCGCCCGGACUUUGGGCCCGGUCGAAAAGGCGCCUUGGCUGGGGCUGGGGUCAUUACAAAAAGGGGUUUCGGUAUGGUGCGGCGAUAG